AAACAAAUACUUGAAAUAGAAAAGUUCAAAUGUUUGAUGACCCAUCAUGUUCAUGUGUUUUUGUGUUUUUUGUAGGAACUAUAUGAUACUUUGUACCCUAAACAAUUUCUUGUUGCAAUUUAUAAUUUUACAAAGUGACAAAAUAUAUGCAAACAUUAUCUGAAUUUACUUUUCUCUUGUUAACUUUUUCAUUGCCGCCUGUGAACAAAGGUGGGCAACUGCUUCAGGAUGCUGAAAAGGUUGCUCCCCCUUGUGCAUUUCCGGCUGCUGCAGACCAUGACUCAUUUGCAAUCUCAUUUUUGGAGUUAAUUUUUAGGAUUUUUUUCACCUCAUUGCCUUAGAUUUAUUAGUUGAAGUUUAGAAACCAAUGUAUAUAAAGACUUUAGCUACAGUGAACUGGUUACUACAGUUGUUAUCAUUACAAUUGAUGUUCACACAGUUCUCUGCAGCAGCCAUAGCAACAAAUAGAUGUCCUGACGGAUAUAAACGUCGUAUAUUAUGGAUAAGAGGGAAACAGGCUCGAGAAGUGUGCUGUAGAUUUGUAGAAUGUAAUCCAGGUUAUUAUGUGAGGACUUGUGAUGAGGACUAUGGCUGGGACAGGUGUGAGAAAUGUCCUGAUAAAACAUUUAUCUUUGAUAAAACCAAUUCUACAAAUGCACACCCGUGUCCUAAGUUUGAAUGCCCACCUCACAUGAGACAAGUUAAUUAUUUUCCUCUGGGUAGCUGUCAUCAGCCAUGUUUAUGUGACACAUCUAAAAUGUAUUACUUAAAGAAUGAUCAGCGAGACCAUUGCAAUUGUUUACUGUAUGAAGGAUCUUGUCCAGCUUGGCAAGUUCUAUCACUUCUCGGAAAAUGUGUUUCACCAAGGGAUGCAGAGUUAAUAGAAGAGAAAACUAAACCUAAGAAUCCAGUGACAUUUCCUCCAUCUUUUGUCAAUCCAGGGGCAGCAGAAAAUAGUAAAAGUAAAAAUACAGAUUCUAAGAGUAGUUUGUCGACUACUAGUUGCGUUUUAAUAUCCAUAGUGUUAGUGGCAGCAUUUAUUGCAUUAAUAGCAUUUUUGUAUCUCAGAUUUUAUAGACAGAAAAAUCACAAUACUCAUGGUACUGAAAGAGUAAUUUUACCAGCCGUCAACAGACCAGUGGCUAAUGUCCAUCCUCAUGCAAGAAAUGAAAACAAAGUGACAGCAACAGUGACAAUAAGUGCUCAGCCAGUCAAUGUAAAUCAUUAUCUAACAGCACCAGCUAGUCUGGUCACAUCUCUAGCAAACAGUCAUGUAGAAACAGAAGCAUCACCGUCAGUACCAAACAAUCCCGGCACAUGGCCGUCACCUGAUACUGAACAGCCAUUAAAUUAUGUGGACCUUUCACCGUGUCAUUUAUACCAAUCAAUACGGAGACAGCAACCUAUUGAUGGGUCACCUGACAUUGCGGCAUCACAGCCUUUAUUACACAAUGUAGAACAUUUAUAUCCAAGUUUACCACCGUCAACAAACUUGUUGUUUUCACGAUGUUCUUCACAAGACUCAGAAAUAGAUGAUGAUAAUACAAAUGUGAAAUCAACGAGCUGAUUUGUGUAUAUUUUACAAAUUGUAAAAAAGCAUUUAAAAUAAAUUAACCUCUUUUUACUGGAGUUUAUAUUUCACUGAGGAAAUUAAUUAAUAAUUGUUUUAAAAUUUUGUUAUUGAAUCUGUGCGUUUUUGUCACUUUUUAAAAAAAAUUUUUUUUUACAUUAAUGGGUUUUUGUGUCACUUCUGUGCCUUUAAAAAUUUAUAAAAUGACGAACGCAUCUAAUUUUCAUGCGUUAGAUUUCAAUAUAAAAAAUUGAUUUGAGUUUC